AUGCUUGCUGAAAGGCUGCACAGGGUUCGUGGUCAGAAGAAGAACUCACCGAAGACAGAGGGGGCAGUGUCAAAACGCUCGACCUGCUUGAUUGGAGGCAGGCAUGCUAUGGUCGUCUGGUUGCGGGAAUGCAGGCGCCGGAACAAGACGUACAAUGGCAACUUUGCAUAUUGCCAUGAACCACCGCAAACAGAGGGCAAUCCGAUCUGUGCCUCUCAGCCUCCGAUCUCUGCAUCUCAGCCAGUUUGUUGGAAGUUUUGUGGCAUUCGCUUGGCAUGGCUAUCCUUCUCGGAAUUCUUGUCCAGUUAG